AUGUCACUUAAGUCACUUAAAUUGGAAAAAUUGAAUUAUUUAGCAGAACAAAUGGAAUACUUAUAUAUGAUACGAACGUUGAAUAUACGUAGCUACUUGGUUCUCUCAUUAAUUGCACCUAGUGUGCUGAUAUUGGUGUAUUUUUUUAAAUGUCAUUGGGAUAAUGUUUCACCUAUGACCGCAAAAUUACUUUUAGUUGCUUAUCUAUUUGGUUGUAUAGGAAUUUCUAUCGCAUACACAAUUUUCACAAUUAAUGAAUUAAGGGGAAUACCAUUUGGAUGUCCAGAUAGUUACCAUUAUGCGUUACCACAAGUUCAAACAGCAUGUCAAGCACGUGCAGCAAAUUUUGUAUCAAUGUGGGCUUUCGUGUUCUUCUUAAUAUUGAAUGUCAUAUUAUUAGUAUUUGGAAUGGGUCCAUUAGAAAGUGAAUUAUUCGCUGAUAUUGGUAAGCGAAAACUACCAAAGUCUGACACUUCCACACAGCCUCGUGACAGUGGUAGUGAACCAUUUAGUCAGAUCGAAUCAGGGCAACAACAACAACAGAAAGACGAAAAAGAAUGA